GGCCGCUCGCCCAUUGGCCGGCUGCGUCGCCGCUCCCAGAAUGCACCGGAUGGCGCGUCAUUGAAGAGAGACCAUGAUGGCGGCGGGACUGGGGCCCCCAGAAGUGAUCGCCCAGCUGGAGAACGCGGCCAAAGUUCUCAUGAUGGGGAAACUGAGAUUCAAAGAGGUAGAAGUGACUUGCCGAAGGCACCUCCUUCCAUGGUCAGCAAUGAGCAACGCCAGCAUGCAGAGCACAUAUUCUUAUCAUUUAGGAAAUCGAAGUCACCAUUUGCAGUUUGCAAGCAUAUUUUGGAAACAAGCAAGGUGGACUAUGUCCUCUUUCAAGCUGCCACGGCCAUCAUGGAGGCAGUGGUCCGAGAGUGGAUCCUCUUGGAAAAGGGCAGCAUUGAGUCACUGCGAACAUUCCUUUUAACCUACGUCUUACAGAGGCCCAACCUCCAAAAGUAUGUUCGGGAACAGAUUCUCUUAGCAGUAGCAGUAAUUGUAAAACGAGGCUCACUAGAUAAGUCAAUUGACUGCAAGAGCAUUUUUCAUGAAGUCAGCCAGUUGAUCAGUAGUGGCAAUCCCACUGUGCAAACUCUGGCCUGUUCUAUUCUGACUGCACUAUUGAGUGAAUUCUCAAGUUCAAGUAAAACUAGCAACAUUGGACUGAGUAUGGAAUUUCAUGGUAACUGCAAAAGAGUUUUUCAGGAAGAAGACCUUCGUCAGAUCUUCGUGUUAACUGUGGAAGUUUUGCAGGAGUUCAGCAGGCGGGAAAACCUCAGUGCUCAGAUGUCCUCAGUGUUUCAGCGCUACCUCUCACUCGCAAAUCAGGUCUUGAGCUGGAACUUUCUUCCUCCAAAUUUGGGCAGACAUUAUAUAGCCAUGUUUGAAUCCUCACAAAAUGUGCUGUUAAAGCCAACGGAGUCCUGGCGGGAGACCCUUCUGGACAGCAGAGUCAUGGAGCUUUUCUUUACAGUACAUCGAAAAAUCAGAGAAGAUUCGGAUAUGGCACAAGAUUCUCUGCAGUGUCUCGCCCAGUUAGCUUCUUUGCAUGGACCUGUCUUCCCCGAUGAAGGAGCACAGGUUGACUACCUAGCACACUUCAUUGAGGGUUUACUGAGUACUAUCAAUGGUAACAUUUGUUACCUGGUUUGUAGAAUUGAAAUAGAAGAUUCUGAAGCUGUGGGGAUCUCCAGCAUUAUCAGCAACCUGAUAACUGUGUUCCCUCGAAACGUUUUAACUGCCAUUCCAAGUGAGCUUUUCUCGUCCUUUGUGAACUGCCUCACACACCUCACUUGUUCUUUUGGGCGUAGUGCUGCUUUGGAAGAAGUGCUUGAUAAAGAUGACAUGGUUUACAUGGAAGCAUAUGACAAGUUGCUGGAGUCCUGGCUGACUUUGGUCCAAGAUGACAAACAUUUCCAUAAAGGCUUUUUUACCCAGCAUGCAGUUCAAGUCUUCAAUUCCUAUAUUCAAUGCCACCUGGCUGCUCCAGAUGGCACAAGGAAUUUGACUGCCAAUGGUGUGGCCUCUCGUGAAGAAGAAGAAAUAAGUGAACUUCAAGAGGAUGACCGAGACCAGUUUUCAGAUCAACUAGCCAGUGUAGGAAUGCUAGGAAGAGUUGCCGCAGAGCACUGUAUACCUCUUCUGACAAGUUUAUUAGAAGAAAGAGUAACAAGGCUCCAUGGUCAGUUACAGCGACAUCAGCAGCAGUUACUUGCUUCACCUGGUUCAAGCACCAUUGACAGCAAAAUACUUGAUGAGCUAUAUGAAGAUAUUCACUGGCUUAUUUUAGUUACAGGCUACCUCUUAGCUGAUGAUACUCAGGGAGAGACUCCGCUAAUACCUCCAGAAAUAAUGGAAUAUUCCAUUAAGCAUUCAUCUGAAGUUGACAUUAAUACAACACUUCAAAUUUUGGGAUCUCCAGGAGAAAAGGCUUCUUCCAUCCCAGGGUACAACAGAACAGAUUCUGUGAUUAGGCUGUUAUCUGCCGUUCUCAGAGUUUCGGAAGUUGAGUCUCGAGCAAUAAGAGCAGAUCUCACUGAUCUGCUAAGCCCUCAAAUGGGCAAAGAUAUUGUUUGGUUUCUAAAACGCUGGGCAAAGACUUAUCUCCUGGUGGAUGAGAAGCUAUAUGAUCAGAUAAGUCUACCAUUCAGUACAGCAUUUGGAGCAGAUACUGAGGGUUCUCAGUGGAUUAUUGGCUACCUCUUACAGAAAGUCAUCAGCAAUCUCUCGGUGUGGAGUAGUGAGCAGGACCUUGCAAGUGACACUGUGCAGCUUCUUGUCACUUUGGUGGAAAGAAGAGAAAGGGCAAACCUAGUAAUCCAGUGUGAAAACUGGUGGAAUUUAGCUAAACAGUUUGCGACCCGAAGCCCCCCUCUGAAUUUUCUGUCCAGUCCGGUGCAGAGGACGCUGAUGAAGGCCCUUGUCCUGGGAGGUUUUGCACAGAUGGACACAGAAACCAAACAACAGUAUUGGACUGAGGUUCUUCAGCCAUUGCAGCAGCGGUUCUUAAGGGUGAUAAAUCAGGAAAACUUUCAGCAGAUGUGCCAGCAAGAGGAGGUCAAGCAGGAAAUCACUGCCACCCUAGAGGCCCUAUGUGGCAUUGCCGAGGCUACCCAGAUUGACAACGUGGCGAUCCUUUUUAAUUUCUUAAUGGACUUCCUUACCAAUUGCAUUGGAUUGAUGGAAGUUUACAAAAAUACUCCCGAGACUGUCAAUCUCAUAAUAGAAGUUUUUGUUGAAGUUGCACAUAAACAGAUAUGCUAUCUUGGAGAGUCCAAAGCAAUGAACUUAUAUGAAGCCUGCCUCACUUUGUUGCAAGUAUAUUCUAAGAAUAAUUUGGGGCGGCAGAGAGUGGAUGUCACAGCCGAGGAGGAACAAUACCAGGAUCUACUUCUUAUUAUGGAACUUCUUACAAACCUUCUGUCAAAAGAAUUCAUAGACUUCAGUGAUACAGAUGAAGUGUUUAGGGGACAUGAGCCGGGGCAAGCAGCAAGCAGGUCUGUGUCAGCCGCGGAUGUUGUUUUAUAUGGAGUCAACCUAAUCCUGCCCUUGAUGUCACAAGAUCUUUUGAAGUUUCCAACACUUUGUAAUCAAUACUACAAAUUAAUUACAUUUAUUUGUGAGAUUUUUCCUGAAAAAAUACCACAACUUCCUGAAGACCUUUUUAAAAGUCUGAUGUGCUCUCUAGAACUGGGAAUGACUUCAAUGAGCUCGGAGGUUUGCCAGCUGUGUCUGGAGGCCCUGACACCAUUGGCUGAACAGUGUGCAAAAGCUCAAGAUACGGACUCACCACUGUUUCUAGCGACACGGCACUUUCUGAAGCUGGUUUUUGAUAUGCUGGUUCUGCAGAAGCACAACACUGAGAUGACGACAGCAGCCGGUGAGGCGUUCUACACGUUGGUGUGCCUGCACCAGGCUGAGUACUCUGAAUUGGUUGAAACAUUACUGUCAAGUCAACAAGACCCAGUUAUUUACCAGAGAUUAGCAGAUGCCUUCAACAAGCUCACUGCAAGCAGCACCCCUCCUACGCUGGAUCGGAAACAGAAGAUGGCUUUUCUAAAGAGUUUGGAAGAAUUUAUGGCAAAUGUUGGUGGUCUCCUUUGUGUAAAAUAAAGAACAAAACUCUAUGCUUAAUUUAGAUCCUUUCUACAAAGUGCAUUGAAUUGCUAAAAGUUGACUUGAGUCUUGUCCUGUCCUUCAGUUUCUUGGCCAUUGGGGUUUUGGAGAGCUUGACAUGUAAUGAAUGCAGUGAGACAGGAGAGCUCAGCCUCAAAUCAGCGUCUGCUGUUUGGUGUUUCCACAGUCGGUCAUAAGUAUUCUGUAGGUUUCGAAUGGUGAUUUAAUAUUUUCAAAAUGAAAUAUCAUCUAUGUACAAACAGAUAAGGGCACCAUGAAAUCAUGUUCAGUGCCUUUUCCCUCUCUGUCAAACGUUAGGUGACUAGCCAAAGUUUGAAGUUUUUGUUAGGAACUAUUAGGUGGCUAUUCGGUAAUGUAUGUUAAACGUCCGUGGAGCACCUGCAGCACUGGGGAACUGGACCCGACUGCGGGCCAUCGUUGUCAGAAUUUCUGCCUGUGGGCUCUGGGUUUUCAUUUUAAUGAACUCCUCCCCUCUGCCAACCCAAAAGUUUUGAAUCACUGUGAAAACUCGGAAGAGGCUUUGUGCUGUGGUGCUUUUCUCCCUGUGAUUCCGUUUGAGUCUGGCAGGAGGGGAAGGCGCUGCGGGUGCUCACUGGGCUAAUGGGUGGUGGGCAGGUUUUGUGGAGUACAGGCCUCUAGUCACACUCUGGUGCCUGAACUUCAGGAGGAAAAUGCAUGUAUAUUUUUGUUCCAUAAAAUAAACUUUAGGAACUGUAGCCAUCCCAUUGCCUUAAUUUUAAGAAGAAAGACAAAAAACAAAACAACCAACAGUUUUGAUGCCUCAGAGUUGGUUUGGAAGUUAGCUACUCUGAACUUGGUGGUGCCCUUUUGGUGGUGUAUUCAUGUGGGUUUGUGAGUGAAACAGGCUCAUCCAUAUGUAGUAUAACUCUGGGAAUAUGUUUCUGUCCAGCUUUAUAUCCAUUGCUACAGUAUUCUACUCUGAGGAUGGGAGUGACUGAUUCCUGCAGAUUUUAGACAUUGGGGCAUUAGGAGAAAUAAUUAUGCUGGAAUGGGUAUUUUCUCGUUUCAUAGGAAUCGUGUAAAUUUAAGAGAAAAUUUUGUAUUGCUACCAUACUCCCCUUAAAUUAUGGAAACCACAGGCAUGUAAAACUGCCCACUGCCUUGUCAUAGUCACAGGGCACAGUGACAUUGCUUUACAGGGAGAGUGUCCUGCUAUGCUCUUGACACAUCCGUGCUAACUGUCCCUGGAAUGUGGUGGGAUUGCCUUGAGCACUGAACCUUCGCAGUGAUGCUUUGUGAAACUGUGUAGCUGCUAUUAACAAUUACCAAAACAGGAACAUCUAAGUUAUAUCCAGCUUGGCAUUCUACCUUAGACAUGCACCAAUGCAGAGCCUUGAGCCAGAACUUCAAGGACCAUUUAUUUCUCUUAGUUAUCAUCAUCUAGUAAUAGCAGAGGGGAAGCAAAGCAUCUUAAAAACAGCUAGGAAAAAAUUAUGUCACUGUUUAUCAAUAUGCAUAUUGUAUUUUUUAAAAUACUUUGAGCCAUGUGUUAAUUUUUAGAUUUUUUUAUUUCCCCUUAAUGAACAUGAAGUCAUCUGCACCAGGAACCACUGUUUUGCCUUGUUCUUGAUGUGUGGUCUCCCAGCUCCGCACACUGCUUCGUUGGUGUCAGUGUAGUCCCUUUGCCAGAGGGUACUGGGACCGGCAACUGACUAGAAAGGUUCACUGGCUUUAACAAAACUAUAAUCAAGUUUUUAAAAUCAAAGAUGA